CUGGCGAGGAGGCGGCGCGGCCGUUGCCUCGCCCGGCCCCUUCUCCCCCGGGCGCCGCCCCUCUCCGCGCCGCCUGUGUGUGAGUCAGGGCUUUGCGGGGCACGGGCGGCAGCGGCGGCCGGAGCGGGCUCGCAGGCGGCGCCGCCGGGGUUCCAUGGAGAAGGCGGCAGCGGUGAGCGACGGCGGCGGCGGCAGCAACAGCAGCAGUCGCAGCAGCAGCCGCCCCACGUCGGCGGGUUCGUCUCCCUCGUCUUCCUCCGCCAGCCGCGGGCUGCCGGGCCGGGCGGCGGCCGCGGGGAGGCUGGAUGGAGGCGGGGGGGCCGGCGGCGGCAGCAGCAGCCCCGGCUCGGCGGCGGCCAGCCCGGGGGGCGCGCAGGCGGCCGGCGGCGGCCGGCGGCGGGAGCCGGUGCUGGAAGGGACCCUCAGCAAAUACACCAACCUCCUGCAGGGCUGGCAGAGCAGGUACUUUGUGCUGGACUUUGAGACGGGGAUUCUGCAGUAUUUUGUGAAUGAACAAAGUAAAAACCAGAAGCCACGAGGAACCUUGUCUUUAGCUGGAGCUAUAAUAUCGCCCAGUGAUGAAGUACCACAUAUGUUGGUGGUCUACUCUGCUAAUGGAGAGAUGUAUAAGUUGAGAGCUGCUGAUGCAAAGGAGAAACAGUACUGGAUAACACAGCUUCGAUCCUGUGCCAAACAUCACAAGGAAGGUAAUUCUAAGAGCAUUUCGUCCUCGCGAAGUAGAAGCUCAUCUCUGCUGCCACCUGGGACAGUUAAUUCUGCAUCUCCAAGUGGCCAGAAACAUCUGAAUCAAAGUGGACCAACUGUUGUAACCAUCACACAUCACAAAUCACCUGCAGCUGCUCGAAGAGCGAAGAGCCAGCGUUCUGGUCAACUCCAUGAAGUCAGAGAGAUCAUGAGCCAAGUUGAGGGACAACAGAAGAAUCUUGUACAAGCCAUUGAAGCUCUCCCAAGUUCUGGGCCCCUUUCUGCCUUGGAUCAGGACUUGCUGCUUUUAAAAGCUACCUCUGCUGCCACCCUGAGCUGCCUUGGAGAAUGCCUGAGUCUGUUACAGCAAAGCAUGCAUCAAGUGGGCCAGCAUCAUAACAGAACACUGUCAUCAGAAGGUAUCCUGGGAUGGCCUGGGCCCAAGUCGCACUCCACAGAGCAACUGAAAAAUGGUGCCCUGAGCUCCUUAUCAUCUGCUAGUGCCAACAUUACGUGGGCAAUAGUACCAUCUGCAGCCCAGGAUGGACAGGCACUACAACCAAAUACAGAGCAUUCAGCUUCUGAGUUGAUCCUAGUUGAAGAUGAAAUGACAGAUACUGAAGAUAAUGAAGAAGAGGAUUUAGGAGUCAUGGAUGAUCAACGUAGCGUAAUUCUCCAUCUCAUUUCUCAGCUGAAACUUGGCAUGGACCUUACCAGGGUAGUGCUUCCAACAUUUAUUUUGGAGAAAAGAUCCCUGCUGGAGAUGUAUGCAAAUUUCAUGGCCCAUCCAGACCUGUUUUUGUCAAUUGCAGCUGGAGCCACUCCUGAGGAAAGAAUUAUCUGCUUUGUGGAGUAUUAUCUAACAGCUUUUCACGAAGGCCGAAAGGGAGCCGUUGCCAAGAAGCCCUAUAACCCUAUAAUUGGCGAAACGUUUCAUUGCUCGUGGGAUGUGCCUAAAGAUAAAGUGAAAGCAUUCAGAACUAACGGUGCCUCCGUGGUUGCUAAGGACCCAACCAAGGAGUUUGGCCAGGACCAGUCCACGUGCUACAAGCUGAGGUUUGUAGCUGAACAAGUAUCCCAUCAUCCACCCGUCUCUUGCUUUUACUGUGAGUGCAAAGAGAAGAAAAUGUGUGUGAACGCUCACGUAUGGACCAAAAGCAAGUUUAUGGGCAUGUCAAUAGGUGUUUCUAUGGUAGGUGAAGGUGUCCUUUACUUGAUGGAACAUGAAGAGGAGUAUGUUUUCACUCUGCCUAGUGCCUAUGCUCGCUCAAUACUUACCAUCCCGUGGGUAGAGCUUGGAGGGAAAGUCAACAUCAGUUGUGCCAGGACGGGCUAUUCUGCUACGGUCACGUUCCACACCAAGCCCUUCUAUGGAGGGAAGGUCCACAGGGUUACAGCCGAAGUGAAACACAACCCCACUAAUACCAUUGUCUGCAAGGCACAGGGAGAAUGGAACGGCACGCUGGAAUUUACUUACAGCAACGGAGAAACCAAAGUGAUCGACACUAACAAGCUGCCUGUUAGCAGGAAGAAGAUCAGGCCGCUCGCAAAGCAGGGCCCGCUGGAGUCCAGGCGCCUCUGGCAGCGCGUCACCGAUGCCCUGAGGGAUGGCAACAUCGAGGCAGCAACGGAGCACAAGCACCGCCUGGAGGAGAGGCAGCGAGCAGAGGAGAGGCAGCGCGUGGCGCUUACGGCGCCCUGGAAACCCCAGUAUUUUGCCAAAGAGGGCGAUGGUUGGCUAUACUUGAAUCCUCUCUGGAAGACCCACUGACGGGAUAGAGCAGUUGCCUCGUAACUUUACCUUAAAGGCAUUAAAAUGAUAACAGUAUAUAACUUCAAGAUGUCAUUGAACAGCUCCUUUUAUCAGCAGAUACUCAUGAGAAGCGACGUGCUGUGAAUGAUGCAUCUCAAAAUAACCACGAGCUCAAGUUUGUUCAGGAGCCAUUUUGUGCGUAUGGAUACACACACACACACACACACGUCCAUCCACACACACGCCCCUAUAUACACGCAGUGUCUGUGUGUUUGUGUGUAUGUUACUUACACUACACGUACGAGUAUAAACACUAACAGCGAUCUAAAGACCUUUUCCUCUUAAGUUUUAGGGCACAGAACUCCAGCUGGACUCAGCUGGGGUUCCCCGAGUUUCGUGCUUGCAGGAUCAGGCCCUGCGCUAGUAUUUAAGAAAACACUUUUGUAUUAGUACUGGUUAAGGUUUUUCUAUUUUUCACUUUUGCCAAAAAUGUUUUGCACUUCAAACGUGACGUGUCACUUACUGGCAAUCGUUCUGUCUAACCAGUCACUGAGGAACUCACUCUGACACACGAAUGCUGCACUGACGGCGCGCUCGCUUCGGGAUGCUGGUGGAAGAGCAUGUUCCCUGUCACCUCCUGGUGAGAAUUUUCCGCCAUUUAUCGCUAGCAAUACCUCCUCAAGAACUUGGUUCGCACUGACCCCUUGCGUCCUCGCUCUUCCCUUUGUUCACUCUUCCAGCUGUUGGGUAGAGCACCAGCUGCCCGGCUGAUUCUGACCUUGCUGCCUGAGGUGCUCGGGCUCCCGCUCACGCUUUGGGGGUUCCGCGUUCUGCCCCGGCCCGCCGCGACACAGCCCGGCCGGGCAGGGCCCUCACUCCCCCCCCGAGGCUCCAAGCAGCCCUGCGGUUUGAUUUCUUCUGCUUUUGAGCCAGUCCGUUGUGUCGGGGUGAAGUAGUUGGCUGACUAGCCACGCUAUACAUAACCAGCCGCCUCAGCCCAGCGAUCUUCUGACGGAAAAGUAACAAUUUACUCAAUGAUUACACUGAGGCAGUAGUUAAUUAGGCAAAUGAAAUGGGAUGUGAUUUGUUUUGUGAAGUAAAAAAGACCCAAACCACAAGGAAGUAAUCAGUCCUGAAGCUUGAUCUUUGUAAGGUAACCACUGUGACACCACAAGUAGAUCCUAGAAGUGGGAUAAGGCUUUGUUGCUUUUUAGUUCCUUUUUCUUGAAAGUGAAGAUGUUUUUGAGGGAAGUGGCAACAAAAGGCAAACGUAAAACAUGCCGACUUCAGCUCAGUGCCCCACACAGAAGCCACUGUCUUUCUAACAUACAGCAGCAUUGAUGCCUACCCUUCUCUAGUACGGAUUUUUUUUUUCCGUGCCUUUUGUCUGCUUCCUUAAUACAAUAACUUAGGCUUUAUACCUAGUACAGAAAGAUAUUUAGGUCAGAGCACUGCUUAUCUCUGUUCUUGUGCAUCCUGCAUUUUAUAAUUACUUCUUUUGGUAGUUGGUAAAAUCUCCUGAGCAACUCAGAAGGCUGAACAGAGGUGUGCACGCAAGGAAACAUGCCAUUAGUUGUUCGUUUGGACAUAAUGUUUCAUAGAUCUUCACAUCUGAAAUUCAGCUCCCUGCUUAAUGAAGGUGUGGCUCCUUUCUCCUCCUAAAUGCUAUUUCGUCUGCUUGUAUGUCCUUUUUUUGCACAUUAGGAAGAUUCAUGUUAUGAUUGAAAUCCUAUUUAAAAAAAAAAAAAGUGGACUGUAUGAGCUUGAUUUUAUAACUGACACUUUUUUUUAAAUGAAAAAAAAAAAAUCUUAUUUUUAGGAAUAGCGAGUGUUUUUCUGUAACUAAACCAAAAUGAUGCUGUCAUAGGAAUGACACUGACCUACUACUGAGUAUCAUCAGGAAAACGUGUACUUUAUCACCUCCAAGAAUUAACUUUAUCAUGGAUCCACUCUUGUUCUCGAGGUUAGUCUGAUAAGUAACUAGAAGUAUUCGUCCAGCUUGUAACAUCAUCACGGAGAACACUCGAAAACGCAGAAUUAAACACACGGACCAUCCUCCUGGAACUUGACUUCCACACACCAAAGAACAAGCCGCGUUCUCACUAGAAAUAGCCAUGGAAAACCUCGGUCAGGCUGCAGGCCUGCGCUCUGAAGGAGUAGACCUCUUUCAGCUUUGAUGGUUUGACUGUCGAGGCUACAGUGAUGCCGUAGCCGUUCUUUUAAGGAGAAAUUUGAAUCAUUUUAUGCUUGUAAUUUAUUGAAGAUUUUUUCUGUCUGCAUGGUUGGUUGUUUCUGCAUGCCGAGAACAUUCCACUUGUGCUCCGAUAAAUGUUUUGUUUCGUUCUGAUGCUGCGAGGAAUCCCCCGAUGCCAUCACCACUGUUUCUUUUCCAAAGUAACUUGGGAGAGGCAAACAUAAAAACGGCCCUUCCCGAAAAGAUCCCAUCAGCGAGAGACACCAGAACAAGAUUUGCAAGUGUCAUUUUAUUUUUCUGGUAGUCGUGUGUUCAGUAUAUUUUACAGGACUGAAAAGUAAAUAUUCAUAAGCCUUACUCCGUAGGUUGUUCCAAUAGCUGUCUUGGACUUGCAAGUAAAUAUUUUCCUUUUCAAGUAGCCAAUGUACACUCUGAACUGUAAUGUAAAAACCUCCAUGUACUUCAGUUUUUUUUUGUGCGCACCUGUAGAAAGCCUAUGCAACCUUUUUCUUUCUUAACUUAGAAACGUUCAGAAAGAAAUUUAUACCUUUAUCAUUUAAAAGAUGCUCCGGCAGUCUCUUCUGAUUUGCCUUCCUUUCCUAAUUUGUGAACUUAAGACGACGGCGCUCAUGAAUAAAAGAUUUGUUUCAUUUA